UUCAAUGUAGUCCUGAGGAUGGUUGCGGGGAAGAGAUAAUUUAACAACGUCGUGCAUGGGGGUGAGGAAGCGGGGUCUGCUAUAGCAGCAAUUAAGAAGCUCGUGCCUCUAGCUGGGGCCUUUGUGGCAUCAGAUCUGAUCCCAUUUCUUGAAUGGGUGGAUUUACAAGGCCAUUUGUCCUCUAUGAAACAAGUUGCAAAGGAAAUGGACUCAGUUCUAGAAAGCUGGGUUGAAGAACAUACAGGGAGGCUCAACACUGAGGCCAGCAGUAGGCAGGACUUCAUAGACAUCAUGCUAACCAAGCUCAAAGACGCUUCCCUGUUUGGCUACUCGCGCGAGACUAUUAUCAAAGCAACAGUACUAAUUUUGAUCGUGGUGGGCUCUGACACCACUUCUAUUACCUCUACAUGGCUCCUGUCUGCAUUGUUGAACAAUAGACAUGUUAUGAAGCAUGCUCAGGAAGAGCUAGACUUAAAAGUUGGUCGAGAUAGAUGGGUGGAACAAUCAGAUAUCCAGAACCUAGUUUACCUUAAGGCUAUUGUUAAGGAAACACUAAGGCUAUGCCCAGCAAUUCCCCUAUUAGUACCACUCGAGGCAAUGGAAGACUAUCAUGUUGGGUAUCACAGCAAUUCCCCUGGGUAUCACAUUCCCAAAGGCACCCGCUUGCUAGUCAAUGCAUGGAAGUUGUACCGAGGUCCUGCUGUUUGGUCUAACCCUGAAGAGUUUCAGCCAGAGAGUUUUGACAAGCCAUGCAAUUUAGAUGUUUUUUGCCAGCAUUUUGAGUUAAUCCCAUAUGGUUCUGGUAGAAGAUCUUGCCCAGGAAUCAAUAUGGCCUUACAAAUGUUACACCUGACAACUGCUCGGUUGCUUGAAGGAUUUGACAUGGCUACACCAUCAAAUUCUCUGGUGGACAUGACAGAAGGGAUAAGUAUCACCAUGCCUAAGUUCACUCCAUUGGAAGUUAUGCUUACCCGCCUUCCUGCUGAACUUUACUAG